UUUCCGAUCAAAUUACCGACACAUACAAGGAUCAAAACCUAUAGAACCAUGGGUUUGUAUUUAUUUAAACAGGGAUGAAGCAUAAACCCCGAAGAUAUUUUUAUUAUAAACUAUGAACCACCACAAAGAACGGUACGACACGAAGAUGAACCUGUAAUGGCUGUGGUGAAUUUUGCGACAAGAUGAAAACUAAGUAUGCUUGCAAAGCUGGAUAAGAAAUCCGUCGAAAGUCCAACCAUUUUGCCAUCGUUUGAGAAGCAUAAGCCGUUAACAACUAUAGACUUCGAGCAACAGAUUGAUUAUAUCAGUGGUUGGAUUAGCGAAUGGAGCAAUACAGAGAGGUUCGUGUUUAUUGACAAGUUGCUGUCAAAAUGCGAGAGAGAACAAAUUCAACUUUUGUGGACAGUUUUACAGCCAGCUUUGCACCGAGAUUUCGUAUUUAGUUCAUUAACGGCAGCUGAGGUGAACAGUGAGUUUCAUCCAAUAUCGACCCCAGUCUCCCGAGAAAUCCACAAACAUGCAAAAUCUCUGAGAUCAAAGGGCAAAAAGGUUCCGUUUCUGAAAAGUGCUGUUUUGAGAAAUGAGGAAGAUGUGAAGCACUGGACAUCAUGCUCUGUGCUGCCGAUAAUGAAGUCGUUUUCGCCGAUAUCUUCGACAAGACUAAGCUAUAGAGGAUCGCCCGAAGCCAGUGAGAUAACCACUGGGGCGUGGAAAUCACAAAGUAGCUAUUUUGGUGUUCGCUUUCCCGGCAUCAGGAAGCAUCAUGGGGGCACUGCCUUGAGUGUUCAUUCUGCACCGCCAAGUCUAGGUGGUCAGCAGAUAAAUCAUCAAAUAAGACGGCACAUGCAGAGGAAGGAUGCCGAAUGGAAUGACGAGAAAGGAGUAAAAAUCCAGCAUAAUCAAAGGGUUGUUGCGCACAACUUUACGAAAUCAGAAACUGAGAAUGGUUCUCUCCGUACGGAACUUGACCUCGUUUUAUAUCGAUUUGCUCAGGAGUGGAGUGUGUGGAAAAGAAAUGAAUUUCUUCAAAUUUUUCUCAAAAAUUUGGAUCGAAGUGAACUGUUUUAUAUCUCGGGAUUGAUUUCAGUAAGACGAUACAGGGAUUUCAUUUCAUUGUUACCCAGGCAGUUAUCGCGUCUCAUUUUAUCAUAUUUGACAGUCAAAGAGCUAACUUUAGUUUGCGAGGUGUCUCGAACAUGGAACAUAGUUGCAAAUGAUGAAACUUUAUGGAAAGAAAAAUGUGGAGAAAUUUACAUUGGCGUACCACUGACCAAGGCCAAGCACUGGAAGGCAGUUUAUAAAGAGAGUUUGGAUUUACAACAAAACUGGACGGAAGGCCGUUGCACCUUAAUGGAACUUGCUGGACAUACAAAACGAGUGCUUUCUGUGAGUAUAUUUGAAAAUCUGAUUGCGAGUGGAAGUUACGACAAAACGAUUAAAGUCUCGGAUGCAAAAUCAGGAAACGUAAUUCAAACACUAACCGGGCACUCUAAAGGAGUAUGGUGUUUAUGUUUCCUGUCAAAAAUUUUGCUGAUCAGUGGCUCGCACGACAGCUCAAUCAGAGUUUGGAAUCUAAAAACUGGCACUUCGAUAAGAGUUUUGUUGAGUCAUACCGGUCCAGUAUGGGCCAUGCAAAGAAAAGGUGAAAUUCUUGUAUCGGGAUCAGGAGAUAAAACGGCAAAAGUGUGGAACACACGGCAAUGUCGUCUCCUGCAAACUCUGACUGGUCACAAUGCCUCGGUGUUUUGUGUUGAUAUUGAUGAAAAAAAUAACCGUGCUUUCACUGGUUCUGCUGAUCAUACCGUGAGAAUAUGGGAUAUAGAAACUGGGAAAUGUUUGAAACACUUCAGUAUUGGAAUACCAGGAAAAGAAACAGCAGUGACUAGUUUGAGUUAUGAUCAUGGCUAUUUAGCAACCUCAACUGGGAAUCGUGUGUUACUGUGGAGUAUUGAAAACAAGAAAUGUGUAAAGGAAUUUCUGGGUCAUGAGGACAGAGUGGAAUGUACAAAGUUAAAGAUUCAAAUGGUCCGUGGUAAGCUUGAGAGAGGAAUAAUCUAUAGCACAGGGAAAGACGGUCUAACAAAAUACUGGGAUUUUCACAAUGGUACAUGCCUAAAAACGCUGGGCGAUCGUCAGGCGAGCGUGAACUCUCUGUUCGUAGAUGACUCAAAGAUAAUCUGUGCGUGUGAAGACAACAAGGUCCGGAUAUGGAAUUUCCUACCAAGCGAGAAACGUCGACAAAAGAAAGCCAAAGCUAAACGAUCCUGAUAUAAUAUUGUACACAGUCAGAGACAUAUGAUAUAUAUAUUAAAGACGAAAGUCUCUAAAGUGCGCUUAUCAUAGCCAAAUUAAAUAUCUAAACUUAAAAACGAUAUGCAUGUUGUUGAAGCCUGGUUUUCAUAUGUCGUAACUCGGGAAUGUUUUUGGUGCUCAUUGAUAUUACCUAGAAUACUUUGUUUAUCUAGCUACUUCAAAAUUAUCUACUUCAUACAUGAUCAUUGACAAUGGAUCGUAGAACAUCGCAAAUGUGAAAACCAGGCCUUCAUGCAUUCAAAUGUGAAUAUCCAUGUUUACCAUAUCAUUGAUAGCCGAUAAAAAGUAGGCCUAGCUUAAGUUACCCACUUUUUUAUAAAGAUUAUAUUCACCGGCUAUUGGCUUUGUCUUUGGCCAUGCAUGGUGUUGCCUACCAUCUAAUCGGCAAGUGAGUGGUGAAAAGUGGUAAAUUUUUAUGGUUAGAAGAGAUUUUUUUAAAGCAGCUUCGCAACAUUAUUAUACUGCGUGGAGAUAAAAAACAGACAAAACAACCUGUGAAUUUCUCGUUCAUUAUAUAUACUCACGCGCAAAUUAUUU